CUUGUAAAGUUGAGUCUGACAUUCAUGGUACAACAGUUAAUUUCACACAUGCGCCUGUUGUUGAGGUUGACACCUAAAAAGAUUUUUCCUUUCGAGUAUAAAUUGAGGCCUUUCUUGUUAGCCACUUGCUUCAUUCGGACUGUUGGCAAUGGCUGAAUAUAAUCAUUUGGCGGUGGUUAAGUUCAAGGAGGGUGUGGUGGUGGAAGAUGUCUUGAAAGGGUUGGAGAAACUUGUUUCUGAGAUUGAAUCUGUCAAGUCGUUUGUUUGGGGACAAGACAUUGAAAGUCAGGAGAUGCUUAGACAAGGAUUUACUCAUGCUUUCUUGAUGACAUUUGGCUGCAAGGAAGACCUCACUGCUUUCGUUGGCCAUCCUAAUCAUGUUGAGUUCUCAUCUACAUUUUCUACAGUAAUUGAAAAGGUUUUGCUCCUUGAUUUCCCUGUUGUUACUGUUAAAGCUCCAGCUUGACCAACAAGAUCGCUGCACAAUGACAAAAAUUAUUGUAUGACUUUGUAAUGUAAUAUUAUACUCUUCCAGCAGUGUGUUUGGGAGGGGAUGUUUCAGAAUUUCUGCAUUUCCUUGAGUUUUGCGUAUUUGGGUUAUUAUGUGUCAUAUAUUGGUGUUGUAUUGAUUGACAGAUCGUCAUCCAGCCUUUUAUCUUGUAUAAUAUCAGAAUGAUCUCUUGUGCC